UCAUCAUUGGUUGGCGGAGAUGUGGGCGGAUUUGCGCUGACGUUACCCAUACUCGGGAUUAACUUGUUUGAUGUCGCCAUAUCUAUCACCUUUUCCACCGGAUAGCCUGCUUAAAUGCAGAUUGUUGGUAAAGAGUGUAUUGUUAGCGUCGUCAACCAGUAAAUUAACCUGUGUUGUGCACAAAACUGUUGAUAGGCUACCGUGAAGGCGCGCAGUUGAAUGUGAAGUGCCUGGAUGAGGAGCAUACGUGUUACGUGAGUUUACGGUGCUGAUGUCCUGUCACACUGAUGGGGGCCGACGGCAGUAAAAACAGGAAGAGGCCCGCUGAAGGGCAGGAGGAUGAAGACUUCUCAUCUGGAUGGCGUGGCUUCCUUUCCAGCAUGGGUCUGUCUAUCCCACCAGGCCUCUGUCGCCUGGCACCAUCUGCCCUGCAUCUGGGCCAGCGUCGAAUGCUCCAAGGCAAAGCCCCCGACAUCCCAGAGCAUGUCCUGAGGUUGGCGGGAGUCGGCCCAGGCAAGCUGAGAGCAGAGUGGAGCCUGCCGGGGUUCAUUACCAUGUUCCUGCCCGAAUUCCCCCACAGAACUGUGCCUGGGCACAAACACUUUCAGGUGUUGAGUUACAUCGCCAAAGGGUCGUUUGGACCCAUUCUGAAAGUGAAGGACAAGACCGAACAGAAAACAUAUGCUGUCAAAGUUAUACCUAAAUCAGAGAUUCUAAGACUCGGUGUGUUGGAGCAGUCAAAAGAAGAAGUUAUUGUCCAGCGUCAGGUUCGCCACCCAUUUGUCCAUGACCUCCAGGACUGCUGGCAGACUCAGCGCCACCUCUACAUUAUGUGUGACUACUGCAGCACAGGAGACCUGUACACUUACUGGCAGAUGAUUGGUCAGUUCUCGGAGGACACAGUGCGAGUGUUUGCAGCAGAGUUGGGAUGUGCGCUCGGUUUUCUGCACGACUUUGGGAUUAUCCACAGAGAUGUGAAGAUGGAGAAUAUCCUGCUGACAGACAACGGACACCUUCGCUUAGCUGACUUUGGUUUGUCUCGUCGCCUGGAGAGAGGAGGAAGAGCUUUUACCAUUUGUGGAACCAUCCAAUAUAUGGCCCCAGAGGUGCUGAGUGGCGGACCCUACAACCAUGCAGCUGAUUGGUGGUCGCUGGGAAUUCUGCUUUUCGCAUUGGUUACUGGGAAGUUCCCCAUGCCUCCAGAACCAGACCACUGCAGUAUGCUGAGGAAAGUGAGAAGUUUUCCCUAUGAAACGCCCCUGAGCCUCAGCUCCCCACUGGCCUUGCUAAUAACAGAGCUUUUGUGCAAGACUCCCUCCCGGCGCCUGAGGACCCUCGAUCGCUUCAAACGCCAAACCUUCUUCCGUGGAACAACUUUUGACCUCGCCCUGCUGCAGCGCCAGCCUGUGGAGGUGAUUCUGGAGCUGAGAGAGAGACCAGACCGAGCUGCCAAAGCUCGACGAGGCCUCACUUUGUCUCUGCAACCUCUCAAAGGCUUUGACUACGACUCGUUCCUCAGCCCUCCCACCACACCGGACACGCAGCUGGAUGCCAACACACAAACCCACACAGCUGCACCGUUCCCCGGCCCAUUGUUCCCACUACAGCCUGCUCAGGAAAAAAGCCCACACGGAGAAGUGUUUGUGUGAUGGACUUUGAGUUUACAGUAAGGUUACUAACACACUAAAAGUAAAGGCCUACAUGUAUGUAUGUCUGCACAGUCAUUCACUCUUACACACAGGUGUGCUGCGCCUUCUAAAAUGUCUUAUUUAGUAAAAGCCAAAAUAGCUGAUUAUGAUUUAAUUUGACCUAUAGUUUAGAAAGGAAUGCUUCAUUUGAGUAACAUUUUAGAAAACCACUUCCCCACUUGUAUUGGCAAGUUUUAUGUUGGGUUUUCUGGGAUUUACUGAACACUAUUUUUUUCUUUUUUUUACUUGUUUGCCUUUCUACAUUGAGCACCUUUUUCACUAUAUUUGCUAAAAAGUUGUGCAAGAAAGAUUGUGCUAUUGUUCAUCUACUUUCAGUAACAAGUGACUGGUCAUGGCUGCCCUGUUAAUACAUUCCUGUCAAACUCACCCCACAUGGCAAAGAUGACAAUGCAGCAAGUUAUAUGUAGUUUAGUAGAACUCCAUCCAAAACUCCUCAACAAAAUGAGUGUAUUUCUGAACUUCUGCCUUUAUUUUCAUGUUGCAUGAUUAUGAAAUUGUUUUGGUGGAAGGGGAUGAAAGAAUUUUUUGAGUGAUCAUGCUGUGAUAAAACCUAUUCUGUACCUUCAGUAAUGCUGCGAUAUAACCUUUCCCUAACUUGUCCUUUACUGCCUAAAUUCUAUAGCAGGAGAAGUGUCUCUCCUCCUGUACUAUUUAAAGUCAUGCAAGCAUAACAUCAGAUAAAGAUGUGUAUGCCUUCAACGUCUGCUUUUAGUUUGAAUCAUUUAUAACCUGCCACUCAGGGGAGCACUUGCUGGUUUUUCCCAAGUCAGCCUUGAUUUUGACUCCAAGAUGGCAACCAGCUGUAUAGAUCUGAGCUGGGACUGUAACGGUUGAAUGAACAACAGUAUUGUUUACCUCUAGUUAACAUUUUGAUAGUCACAGGGAUUUUUCUAUUGUCAAAGGCUGCCGUAACCCUAGGCAGUAAUCACACCUUCAUGCACUUACCUGAUCAUCAGAUUAUAUUAUGAUUUUGUAAAGUAUGUCGUACCCAGAAUGCCUCACGUGUGAUCCUGAGCUUGCUUUUUUGUCACCAAAAAUUUAUAAAUUUCUCUUUAUAAAUUUUGUAUGACUAUUUUGGAUGCUAUUUGGUGUUAUAUGUUAUGUUACAAUGUAUUUUUGUAAUUACCAUGUAGCACAGAUGGAAUAUUAAACUCUUACAGUACAGGGA